AUGCUGGGCAUAAUAGUGUCAGAAUCGUGUCCUUGUGGAGCACAAACUGGAUCAUCUGAACACAUCAUACUAGAAUGCAGUCUAUUUGAGGCAAGCAGGGCUAAAUUGUUAGAGCAACUGCACUCUAUGAAAACGCUGAUCAAACCUUCCAAUUUGGAUAACAAUUCAAAUUAUUGCAAAUAUUCCGGGUCUGGAAAUCAAAUUCGUCAACCUAUUCCUAAUCAAGACUUAGAUGUUAGAGAUAGGCUUAGUAAAGAACCACCAUCUUGUGAGCCAUCUGCUACUUUCGUACCAGGACAGGGUAAGAUUUGCAAAGACCAGUUGAUUUUUGAAGAAAGUUUUACUUUAGGAAAAUUAGACAGGACGAAAUGGAAGCAUGAUUGUCAUAUGGCCAAUAUUGAUAUGGACAACGAAUUUGUAUCUUACCAAGCAAAACCUGAAAAUAUUUUCGUCAGUGAUAAAAGUUUAAUGUUUCAUCCGACUGUUUUGAAUGAUGCAGACUUUGUUGAAAGCGGAGAAUUGGAUCUUGCAAGCACAUGCGGUUGUGCACCAAUGGCAUAUGGCGAGUGCUCAAGGAAGGCCAUGUUCUAUAAUAUAUUACCACCAGUAGUGUCUGCCAGUAUCAGAUCUAAAUUCAGUUUCAGGUAUGGAAGAAUUCAAAUCGAUGCUAAAUUACCGGAAGGAAACUGGUUAUAUCCUAUUUUGAAUUUGGAACCCAAGGAUUACAAUCAUGGAUCCGGCUACAAAUCCGGUGCCAUGAGGAUCGCUUUUGCGAGAGGAAAUAAAGUCCUGAAAUCCCAGGAAACAGAUUACGACUUUGGAUCUUCAGAAUUAAGUGGUGCCUUAUUAUUUAAACACGAUGAUCCUGUCAGGAAUAUCACCGCCAAAGUUUAUAAAAACGUUAAUAAGGAAUCUUGGGCAAAUGCUUUUCAUAAAUACGAACUAGAAUGGACACCCUAUCAUGUAUGUUUCAUAGUUGAUAAUAUCAAAUAUGGCGUAAUAUUGCCUCCAAAAGGUAAUUUUCCAUCUGGACAAAGCCAAGAUGUAACUAAAGGUGAAAAUUGGAAGAAUCAUAUGCCGAUGUUUAGCGAACUGAUGGUUGUUCGUUUAGGCUUAGGUGCAGGAGGAAUUACCGAUUUUCCUGAUGGCACAUCCUCCAGCAGUUCCAAUGGUGACUUUGCACCCAAACCUUGGGAAAAUUUCAAUCCAAAGUCGAUGCUCAGGUAG